GCAGGAGUUCGAAUGUUGGACGGCACCGUGAAUGAUGCCGUCGAGGCCAAGGCCCUGGGUCUUAAUCCGGAUCACAUUCACAUCUACAGCGCCAGUUGGGGUCCGGAGGAUGAUGGAUCGACUGUGGACGGACCGGGACCUUUGGCUCGGAGGGCUUUCAUCUUCGGCGUGACGAGUGGCCGUCAGGGCAAGGGAUCCAUCUUUAUUUGGGCCUCCGGGAAUGGCGGACGUUACACGGACAGUUGCAACUGUGACGGCUACACCAACUCCAUUUUCACACUUUCCAUUUCCAGCGCGACUCAGGGAGGUUACAAACCAUGGUACCUGGAGGAAUGUUCCUCAACGCUGGCCACCACUUACAGCUCCGGAACCCCUGGGCACGACAAGAGUGUGGCAACCGUUGACAUGGAUGGAUCCCUUCGACCGGAUCGAAUCUGCACCGUGGAACACACCGGAACAUCCGCAUCGGCCCCACUUGCGGCAGGAAUUUCAGCGUUAGCACUGGAAGCCAAUCCAUCGCUCACCUGGAGAGAUAUGCAGUACUUGGUGGUUCUGACGUCCAGGCCGGAACCUUUGGAGAAAGAAUCCGGCUGGAUCAUGAACGGCGUUAAGAGGAAGAUUAGCCAUAAAUUUGGCUAUGGAUUGAUGGACGCUGGAGCCAUGGUUAGUUUGGCCGAACAGUGGACCAGCGUUCCUCCCCAGCAUAUUUGUAAGUCUCGGGAGAUCAACGAAGAUCGACCAAUUGAGGGUACUGUGGGUUGGACCUUGCAAACCCAUAUGGAUGUUAAUGGUUGUGCUGGAACAGUGAAUGAGGUUAGAUUCCUGGAACAUGUUCAAUGUAAGAUUACUCUAAGGUUCUUCCCGAGGGGAAAUCUGAGGAUCCUUCUGACUUCGCCUAUGGGAACAACUAGUACUCUGCUAUUCGAACGACCUCGGGAUGUGACCAAAUCCAACUUUGACGACUGGCCUUUCCUGAGUGUCCAUUUCUGGGGCGAAAAAGCUGAAGGACGAUGGACCUUACAAAUCCUGAAUAGUGGUCAUCGAAGGGUCAGCCAACCUGGUAUCCUUUCCAAAUGGCAGCUGAUAUUCUACGGAACCGAUCAGAACCCAAUUCGACUGAAGAACGAUGGUCAACGUAGCUCCGGAGCUUAUUCCAGUCUUAAUCCAUUUGUUUUCCCUACGGAAACUGAUCAACCAGCUUUGUCCGGUGGAAACUUCUACCAGUCGGAUCUUUUCACAAACUCCAUGAACUAUCCGUAUCUGUUCAGUGGAGCCGGAAGUAGUAUCGACAAAACCGUAACCACUCUCAAUGGACACAAUAUCCCAACGGCUCAACGGGAGAACGUAAUGGCCGAUUCCAAUAACAAAUUGGUAGUGCUGCACGAUUGUGAUCCGGAAUGUGACCAGCAGGGCUGCUACGGAAAAGGACCGACGCAGUGUGUCGCCUGCAAACACUAUCGAUUGGACAAUACCUGCGUGAGUCGGUGUCCACCGAGAAGUUUUCCAAAUCAGGGUGGCGUUUGCUGGCCAUGUCACGAGUCCUGUGAAACUUGUGCCGGAGCUGGUCAGGAUAGUUGCCUAACCUGUGCUCCUGCUCAUCUGUACGUGACCGAUUUGGCGGUUUGCUUGCAGAUCUGUCCCGAUGGAUACUUUGAAAAUUACGACAACAAGACCUGCGUUCCGUGCGAAGCCAACUGUGCGUCCUGUCAGGAUCGACCCGACUAUUGUACCAGCUGUGAUCAUCAUCUGGUCAUGCAUGAGCACAAAUGCUACUCGGCGUGUCCCAAAAAUACCUAUGAAACGGAGGAUUACAACUGUGCCGAUUGCCAUUCGUCCUGUAUGACCUGCAACGGAUCUUCCGAGUCCCAGUGCAUCCUGUGCCGUGCCGGGCGAUUCGCCCACGAGGGUCGAUGCCUAAAUGCCUGUCCGGAUGGGUUCUACGGGGACAAAAAGCGGCACGAGUGCAUGGCUUGCCCGAUCGGGUGUUCCACCUGCUCCAGUGGAGCCAUCUGUACCGGAUGUCGGGAAAACUGGACCAUGAACAAGAAGGGCAAAUGCAUCGCCAACGGCAGCAACAACUGCGAUGAAUCGGAAUAUUACGAAAAUGGCCACUGCCACUCGUGUCACUCGACCUGUGAAACCUGUACUGGUCCAACCGAGCAUGGAUGUCUGACCUGUGCGUCUCCGCUGCUACUUCAGAAUCAGCGCUGCGUGAACGAGUGCGACGAGGGUUAUUACAUGGAGGUUGGCAUGUGUGCCAAGUGUCUACACACCUGUACCCAGUGUGUAUCCCGGAUGAAUUGCACUUCCUGCCAGAAGGGCCUGCAGCUGCAAAGUGGCGAAUGCCGAACGACUUGUGCCGAUGGAUAUUACAGCGAUCGAGGAACCUGUGCCAAGUGUUAUCUGAGUUGCAACACCUGCAGCGGCCCCCGCAGGGAUCAAUGCGUUAAGUGUCCUGAUGGAUGGCAGCUAGCCGGAGGCGAAUGUCAUCCCGAAUGUCCUGAAGGAUUCUUCAAGACCAAGUUCGGGUGCCAGAAGUGUCAUCACUACUGCAAAACUUGUAACGCUGCCGGACCCCUAGCCUGUACCACCUGUCCGUCGCACUUCAUGCUGGACGGAGGUCUCUGCAUGGAAUGUCUAGGUUCGCAGUUCUACGAUCCCCCAACGCAAACGUGCAAAACGUGUCACGAGAGCUGUCGCUCAUGCAGCGGCCCGGGCCAAUAUUCGUGCGUAACGUGCGCCUUCCCGCUGCACCUGGAUCGGCUAAACAACCAGUGUGUGCCUUGCUGUGCCAGCGAUGCGUCACCCGAGGACCAGAGCUGUUGCCAUUGCGAUAAGCAGAGCGGAGGUUGCAUCAACUCAUCCCCCGCUGGGAAGCGAAAGGUCGGUGCCGAACAGCAGCUGCUCCAGUUUGGGGAUGCGGCAGCUGCAGCUGCAAAUGCAGAUGGAAAUGUGGCCGAGCUAGGAGGCAGUGCGGCACUUCAAAUCGGACGCUGGAUACAGGGAACGUCGCCGGCAGCCGUGACGUUGGUGGCCGUUUCCGGUUGUCUGCUCAUCGUUACGGUGUUCGCUGCUGUCUUUACGGUACUGCAGAAACGCACCCGCCGGAAGUACACCGGAGUCAAGUACAACAAGCUGGAUACCGGACGUGGCAACCGCACCAGCGGCAGCGGCAAGAAAGAAUCAAUUUCCCCGGAGGGUGAUGAUUUAUUGGAACCUAUUGUAAAUAAUUUCGAGGAUGACGACGAUGAAGACGACGACGACUACGGCGACGAUAUCGGGGGAACUUCAGGGGGAAAACCGGAAACGGAACAGGAGGAAAACUUCGGUGGCCAACCAUUGGUGGACACUAAUGCUGAUGAUGAUGAUGACCACGAGAUCCGUCAUGGUCGCCGGCAGCGGCAGCUGGAUGUUGAGGGUGGUCCCGGUCGAGGGAAACUCCAACCGCUGCGGUUUGCCAGGACCUGAAAGCUGGCCCCGGACAACAACGGAAAGGCGGCUGGUGGUAAAUGUGUGCUAUAAUAGGCGAUAACAAAUUACUAUAAAUAUUUACUUAAUAUUAAGGGCGGGCAGCGUUAAGGGAAUUGUAAGGCAAAUGACGGAGUAGAAAAUAUGAAAAAUGUGAAAAUUAGGUAUGAAUGUUUGUGAGCAGGGAUGGGAAAAAAAGAAGGAGCCACUUGACAAAAAUGUGAAAGUAGGUUCCAUGACGUUUGGGAGGCUGCUGGAGGUUUUUCAGAGAAAACUGAUUUUUUUGUCUGCCAUCCUUCCCUGGGGAGCACGAAUGAGAAAAUUUUUAUUCAACAAAGAACCCAAACCCAUACAAAAUCAUGCUCUUCAAACCCAAAUUCCAGAAUUGGAACAUGUAGGAAGGUCACAAGGGGAGCGGCAGCUGGGAUGAAAAGUGGGAGUGCGUGCUAAGAGUGUGAUAAACAACUUUUACUUUCUUCGUUUGGGGUAUUUUUGUUAUUUUUUAUACGCUAUUAUUAUAUCUACUUAAAAAUGUGUGUAUACAAUGGGGAAGAGCCCUUCUUGAUAUGGGACGUAGAGGAAAAGUUCGACUACAAAAGGCAUUUUCCACAUUGAUUUUGAACAAAUAAAAUGGACACUAGCCGAGAGUUGUUAAUGGAGCUUCAAAGUAUCAACCUUUUGAUGAUGGUGCUGUUUUCAAUUUGUGAUCCAUCCUUUUUAUUAAUGGUCAUUAUGCGUCGGUAGAGCUCAUCAUCGUUAGAACAGAUAUCCAAUUCAAGACAACUAUAACAAAAUAAGGAUUCAUUCUUAAAAUUCAAAUGAAAACAUGUAAAGCACUGAUAUUCAAUUAAUCCUACAUCUGACACUAACAUGAAAAAAAAAACAAAAAAUAUUGUUCGUAUCUUUCGAGUAAAUUGAAAACAGUUAUCUGAAUCAUCAAAAGGAGCUUUGUAAUAUUCGAUCGUCGAAACUGAGUCCCAAUUAGGAAAGAAAUUGAAAUUGACAGGAAUUUUUAAGGGGUUACACAAAACGAAACGAAACAAUUUGUAAAAUAGCUGUACAGAGCAGGUAGAGACAAAAAAUGUGUAAGAUCUGUUAGUUAAAGAUAAUAUGGAAUCACUAGAGAAAGAAAGAAACUCAGCUGAAAAAUGCUGUGCGAUACGAAAACCAACAUUAAAAAGUGAAUGUGACCUUAUUUCCAAACGUUGAUAUUUUAAACUAAACGAUGCAACUAGCUGUGCUUUAUCCAAUAAAUGUUUAUUUUUGCACCUUUUAUAUUCAAAAGAUUUUUUUAAGUCAAUGCACCUUCUUGGAGCGAUCCAAUCGAGCACCUUAUACUUAUUUCUCAAUGAUAGAUAAACUUCAUUUUUGUGACCUUAAUAUGAUUGAAGCAUUAAUUAAAAAUAAAACUGUAUAUAACACAAAAUCACGGAUGGGCAAUGGCAUCCCAAUCGAGCUUUUUGCCACGUAAAGAACUUUGAAGGAAGAAAAUUAUGUGAAAAACAAUUUUAAUUCUUUUCUCAGUCAUGAUUCUAUUGGGGUAUUUAAUUUAAUCAAUCUCGCCUAACGAAAGCUUAGUUACCUUCUUACGAUAAUGUUGAAUUAAUUUUUAAAUAAUUUUUCUUUCCUCCCUCAAAUUGACGGCCAUCACUCGGAUGUGCCCAGUCUAAGGACGAAAAACAACUAAAACAAUUAAAUUAAAAAAAAAACAAAUGGAUCGUUUUACUUUCGUCUCAUCGCAAACGGAUAGCGAAAACAUCCAACGGGUGAUAUGGUGUUAGAAGAAAUCAAAAUUUGAAUAGUUAAUUUGUUCAACAAAAAAGUAUAAUUUAUCGGAUGGCAAACCAACAGCCGCAUUUUGCAGCCGCAUUUUGUAAAGAUUCGAAGGAAAGUAAACUGAAGAGAGAGAAAUAUGAAACAAACAAAAAACUACAAGAUGUACUAAAGAUGAAUGAAACCCGAAGAAGAAAUCAUUAAAACACGUGAAACUUGAAACCGUGCUUUACAUGUUUAGGGUAACUGUAACUAUGCGGGAAAAUAAAAGAAAAAAUGAUGUUUCGUGCUAGCUAAGAAAAAAAACUCACGAGGAUACGAAAAAAAAACAAUUAUUGCUGAUUGUAAGAAUGCCGACGAAGAAUGUUCAUCGAAGAUCGUUUUGAGGUAAUUAAACUGAAUCUAAAGAAAAACAAACAACUAAUAUUUUGUAAAAAAGUGAAAUAAAGAACAAUAAAAUGGAGUUCAUCAAAAA